AUGGCUUAAUAAACUCCUAAAUAAUGCAAAGCUAACCUAGAUUAAUAAUCUAUUACAAAUUAAUAACACAAAACAUGCUCAAUUAAUUAGUCUUCGAUUCCAGAAAAUGAUUUAUUAUUAUCUUCAAAAAAGAAAGUAUAGUAUUAUGGAUCACAUAUAGGAAGUCUAUGAGAGAAUUAUGAGUUCUUAAACUAAUCGAGAUAAAUAAUCAGAAGUCUCCUAAUAUUAUGAUCAUCUAGGAGGUAGAAAUUCAAUUUUAUCAAUUUUAGGCAAAUGUCUAUGUUCAUUAUGUAACUGCGGAAAACAUAAAUGUAAUAGCAAAAACUGCAUCAACAAACCUUAAUUGCAUGGAAAUUACACAAUAUAUCAAAAAGAAUUCGUAAAAAAGACUCCAGAAAAUGGAUCAAGAUACAACCGAAAUAUUUUUUCAUAACCAAAACCUGAAGGUGAGUUAGGAAAUAUGACUACUUACAAAGUAAGUAAGUGGAUAUAUAUAAUUUUAGCAUGACUUUCCAGGAUAUAAUAACAAAGUGGAAUAACAGAAGAACACUUCUAAACCUACUGUUAGUGGUGUUCCUUUUUCUGGAAUUUCAACUUAUAAUAAUAUGUAUUUAAAUUGGGGAAUGGGUGAUACGCCUCAAUUAUUGCCUUAAAACAAUCCUACUGUUAUUAAAGAAAUGCCAUUUAUGGGAAAGAGCAUUUAUAAAGAUAGUUAUUAGGGAGCUCAAACAGUCCCAGCACAAAGUUGUAAAAACAUGAACAAAGCUCUAAAGUAAAUAAACUACAAUCAUUUAGAUCACCUUUAUCCCCUCCCGAUUUGAAGUUUAAUGCAGAAUCUAUUGCAAAAUCAUCAUAUAAGCCAUUCAAACCAGAAAAAACUUAAAGUGCCAAAGGAAAAUAGGAUGUAAAAAUCAUAUAUAGGAUAGCCAAAUUUAAAUCCCUCAUAUAAUGGCUAGUACAAUAGUGAAUAUCACAAAGAGUUUGAUCCAAAACAUUUGAAUCAAUGUCCUGCUAAAGAAGUAUUAGAAGAGGUAGCUCGCAGCACUUAAUUUUGA